GCGGUGUGCGCGUGCGCGGUGCCUUCGCCAGCCAGCGCUGGGCAGGGAGGUAGGGAGGGAGAAGGGAGCGGCGCUCGCGCGCCUCGGGCCCCAGAGGAGACAGCGCCGGGCCGGGCCCGCAGCAGGAAUCAUGACGACCUCAGGAAAAGAGAACUUCCGACUGAAGAGCUACAAGAACAAGUCUCUGAACCCCGAUGAGAUGCGUCGCAGGAGGGAGGAAGAGGGUCUUCAGCUACGAAAGCAAAAGAGAGAGGAACAGUUGUUUAAACGCCGAAAUGUUGCAACAGCUGAGGAAGAAGCGGAGGAGGAAGUGAUGUCAGAUGGUGGCUUCCAUGAGGCGCAGAUGAACAACAUGGAGAUGACUUCUAGCGCAGUCAUCACCUCUGAUAUGAUUGAGAUGAUUUUUUCUAAUAGUCCAGAGCAGCAGCUUUCAGCUACUCAGAAGUUCCGAAAGCUUCUUUCUAAAGAACCAAAUCCUCCGAUAGAUGAAGUCAUAAGUACACCAGGAGUGGUGGCCAGGUUUGUGGAAUUCCUCAAACGAAAAGAAAAUUGUACAUUACAGUUUGAAGCUGCGUGGGUGCUGACUAAUAUUGCCUCCGGAAAUUCCCUUCAGACUCAAAUAGUGAUCCAAGCAGGAGCUGUCCCCAUCUUCAUAGAGCUGCUUAGUUCAGAGUUUGAAGAUGUACAGGAACAGGCUGUGUGGGCUCUUGGCAACAUUGCUGGAGACAGCACUAUGUGCAGAGACUAUGUAUUGGACUGCAAUAUCCUGCCUCCUUUAUUGCAAUUGCUUUCAAAACAGAACCGUCUCACUAUGACUCGGAAUGCUGUAUGGGCUCUGUCUAACCUCUGCAGAGGGAAGAAUCCUCCUCCAGAUUUUGCCAAGGUUUCACCUUGUCUUAGUGUGCUCUCCUGGCUGCUCUUUGUCAAUGAUACAGAUGUAUUAGCUGAUGCCUGCUGGGCUUUGUCCUAUUUGUCUGAUGGCCCCAAUGAUAAAAUCCAGGCUGUGAUUGAUGCAGGAGUCUGCAGGAGACUUGUGGAAUUGCUAAUGCACAAUGACUACAAAGUUGUAUCUCCUGCCUUACGAGCUGUUGGGAACAUUGUCACAGGAGACGAUAUCCAAACCCAGGUAAUUCUGAAUUGUUCAGCCCUUCAGAGUUUACUGCACUUGCUAAGCAGCCCAAAAGAAUCUAUCAAAAAGGAAGCAUGCUGGACUAUAUCUAAUAUAACAGCUGGAAACAGAGCCCAGAUCCAGACAGUCAUAGAUGCCCAUAUCUUUCCAGCUCUUAUAAAUAUUUUGCAAACGGCUGAGUUUCGAACAAGGAAGGAAGCUGCUUGGGCAAUCACAAAUGCAACAUCUGGAGGCUCUGCGGAACAGAUCAAAUAUUUAGUAGAACUGGGAUGCAUCAAACCACUCUGUGACCUCCUUACGGUAAUGGACUCAAAGAUUGUGCAAGUAGCACUGAGUGGGCUGGAGAAUAUCCUGAGGCUUGGAGAGCAGGAAUCCAAACGCAGUGGCACUGGCAUUAAUCCUUACUGCGCUCUCAUUGAAGAAGCAUAUGGCUUGGACAAGAUUGAAUUCCUGCAGAGCCAUGAGAAUCAAGAGAUUUAUCAGAAGGCCUUUGAUCUUAUUGAGCACUACUUUGGAACAGAAGAUGAAGACAGCAGCAUUGCCCCACAGGUGGAUCUCAACCAGCAACAGUACAUCUUCCAGCAGUGUGAGGCUCCCAUGGAUGGCUUCCAGCUCUGAGGUGCCCCUGUGCUGUGUGCUCCUCUACCUAGCCAAUCCUGUUGUUGAGCCACAAGCCACCCUUGGAGUGAUUCUUUCAAUGUUUUCCAUAACCCUGUUUGCGCUCAUUCGCUUGCCUUGUGCACAUGCUCUUACAUACGUCUGGAAAACUUUUGGCUCUCCAUGGCAGGAUGCCCCCACCUUGGCAAGGGGUCACCAGAAUCACCCUUCUCCUCUAGAUUCUGAACCUCUCCACUGUCAUCUUCGUGGAGCUGAGGCACCUUUCUAUACUUUGAGAUAUUCCCUGCUCCUAUUACAGGAAUAUAAUCCCUCCUCCACUGGCCCCCCACACUCCUGGCAUCCAAGAUAAGGCUGCCUUUCUCUUGUAUUAGCUGCAGUGUGUGCCUGCAGUCCAGGGAGACAUUCAGACUUUCUGAGAACGUAGCUGAGUUCAUUCCCCAUGUUCUUCCCUGGAUGCCUCUUUGGAUGGCUGUGUGAGAGAAGUUAAAUCUUCACAUGCAACAUAUCCAUCCAUUUUGCUGUAUGUGCCAGCCAGGGUUAUUGGCAUAUAGAACAUGUUACAAAUAAUGGAGUAAGUUCUCUGUCCCCUGCAACAACAGGCUGCAAUGGACAUGUUUUGUGGUUCUUAAGAAUACUGAACACAUCUGGCCCCAUUCCUUCUCAACACUGAGCUCCCAAGCUGGAUUGCAGACCACUGUGGAGAUUUGUAUACCUUCCCAGUCUUUCCUCUCCAUCCACAAAAAAAGAGAGCCUGUGAAUAGGUCACUCUUACCACCUCCCCAGCAAUGACUUUCCAAACCAGCUUCUAGAAUGGAGAAGCUCCUUCCACUUCUGCUUGCCAGCAUAGUAUGAUCCAGCCAGGACUUCCUUACAAAUCAAGCCCUUUCUGAUUUCGUGCUCCAGAGUCUGGUCCUUGGUAUUACAGGUAUGGCUGAAAAAUUCCUGUCUGCCUGUCCACAUUUUUACACAGCGUGACUUGAACAGAUCUGUCUUCUGAAAAAUUACCUUCCGAAUACAGGAAUCUUAAUUUGUAAAACUUAGCACAAGGACCAUUAGAUCUCCUUUUCAUUUUCACAAGACAAGAGCUUCCUCUCCUGCUCACCUGAUUAAAUAGAGGUCCUCCCAGUCAAGCCCCUUAUUUAACAACUAAAAUGACACUACAUUCAGUGGGUAGUAAUAUCAGCGCCAGAUCUGCCUGGCCCUUUCAUUUCAUUUUUCCCUUUUGCUGUUUACGGGACUUCGGGUGAAUUAGCAUGGAACGCAUGGUUCCUACAGGUGACAUCUAUAAGGCAUCGCUGACUGCAUGACAGCUGUCAUCCACAGCUGUAGACUGCCCUUCUGCUAGCAGCAUGUUCUUGGCUCCGCAACCUGCUUGGAUCACAGACAUCUGAUGCAAAGGCCAGCCACUCCUCACCGAGUUCAGCUGAUACUGACACCAAGCUCUUCACACAGCUGAGGAGGUGCCACGUGGUUGAAAGUGGUGGUUCCUUUUCUGUAAGAGCAAUGGAUUCUCCAGGCCGUCUGCUCCCCCUCAGCAUCGGACUAUGUUCUUUCAAGCCAUUUUGAGUGCUUGGAACACACAUUUGUCCAGUGUAAACAUUUCAGAAUUGCCGCUGAUGACAGCAGCGUCAUGGAUGCGUGGUAAAUGUUAGUGGCAGAACUGCCUGCAAGAUCCUCCCGUCAGUGAGAAGCCACUGCAAAAGCAAAACCAGCCCAUCGGGUACAGAAUAAUAAAAAUCUACAAAUUGCUCGUCAAACUGCUGAAAGAAGCUAGGCAAAGGCCUGACCAUCAGCUCUGUGUGACCGAUACUUAAAACAGUCUUCAGUUCAGGAUGGAGACUCUGACCUGUGUGGCCACUGCAGAAGCCACCUGCUGCCUCCCUAGCUAAGCCAGUUGGCCUCCACCUUCCUUCUCCCAGUUAUUUUCUCUAGUGCUGCUUUGUGCUGAAGGAACAUUUAGUUUACUGCACUUGAUCUGUAAAUGGACUUCGAUUCUUUGUAAUUUUAGGGGGUUAAAUUUGGUGGUUAAUUUAAAAAAAAAAAAGCAAAAAACCCCUCAAUGUUGCCUUUACAUCACAUAUAAAUAACUGUGUUUCUCUUUUCUUGAAGGGUGAUAGAAGCACUGAUUAGUAGCAAAAUCUUGUUUUAGCUUUUGGAUUUUUUUGUGCUGGAUUUUUUUACGUGUAAAUUUCCAAUAACAUGUCAUUUCUAUAAGAUUUGUUUAAAAUCAUGUACCUCUUAUUGGAUGGUAUAAAAAUGCUACAUAUUUUGUAAACAAAUCUGAGCAAAGUGUGUGUGCAUAUAUUCUGUAUAUUCAUAUAUGUAUAUUCUGUGUAUAUAUACACCAGCGUGUAUAUAUACAUAUAUCCACACACACGUAUAUAUAUACACAUGCAGAUGUGUGUAUAUAUAUACAUAUCUAUAUAUCUAUAUAUCUAUAUAUAUAUAUAAGUGUUUUCUCUUCCAGGCUAGUGAAAACAAUGUGGUGCAUUGGCGUUUCCCUUCCCCAUCCCCCAAGAAAAUAAUGACAAUUGCCUCUAAACGAGUGAAUUAAAAAGAGAGUCCAUUUAAGCUGAAUGGUGUGCCUUCCUGUGUGAGGAGCUGGGCCAGUGUUUGUUACUUUUGCAGUGGAUAUGUGAAUUCAGAGCAGAUAAGUAUAAAUCUUUCAGCUUGGUUUGUUUGUUUGAAGUGACAGGCUUGGUUGGCACAGGUAAUGUUGUUGUCAUAUUCUUAGACUGUGUAAGGCAUUUGACUGGUAGCGCAUAACAUUUUGACUGAAAACUAAAACAAUACAAAAAAUCAACAUGGCACACAUUAAAUGAAUUAAAAAUGUGGCUAACUUAUAGGUCUCAGUUUAAUUUUAAGAGGUGCUUAAUUGAGUGCAUUUCUAUAGAGAUCUUCCAGCAACCAAUUAUCGGCCUUGCUUUCCUUAGCCUUAUUAAUGGGUUAAAAGGAAAUAAAAUCUAACGAAGGCUGCAGAUUAUAUGAGUAUUGAAGGGAGAUCAGACUUGUGAAUUAGGAAAGUGACAGCUCACUGGUGCAGACUGAUCAGAAUUACUUGGUAAACCAAGGGCAAGUAAACUAUUCGCGUUUAAAUGGAGCCAAACAUGUAGUGUAACAUUACCCACCUAAUAACUAAUAUUCAGGCUGCUUUUCCAUUUUGGAGGAAAAGUGACUCUGCAAGAGUAUGAGGAUUGUGGUGUGUUUCACUUGAAUACUGCUUUCUGAUGCGAUUCUCUGUGACCAGCUUGAUGCUUAUAGGUACAAAAGGAAAUCUUAUUAGAAACAGGGAAUUUGUAUUAACUUUAUGUUGAGCUUUGGUACAUCUUUUUUUUUUUUUUUUUUUUUUUAACAGGAUCACUGUCUGCGCUGCUGUCAGCAGCUAAAAGAGGUUGCUAAAAAAUUGGGAACAGCAAUGAAUGUUAAAAGGUUGAAAGUUCCAUUCAGAUGAGAGACCAGGCAUUUUUUUUUUGAGACUGACAGGACAGUAACAAUGGUUAUGUCCCUUGCUAGAAACACUGACAACAGUAUUCUCUGCUUUCCUGAGGAUGUGCUGCUGCCUCAAACAAAGUAACUCAAAGAGCGCCUCCAGCUUCCACUUUUGUGGAGGUCACACUGUGUUUUAAAUCAUCUGUUCUUGUUUUGUGUGUAAGUAGGAAACAGCGUGGUCUCAUGCAUAAAGGACAGGCCAAGUUGGGGUUCUUGGGUUCUUCUCUUAGCUAUGCUGUGCAGUGUGUAGUGCCAGAAAAGUGAUCUCGCCCCUUUUCUUCUGCCAUUAAUGCAUUUGUUUGUCUGCUUGUUGAGAUCCAAUCUAAUCACCUUCCAAAAGCACCACAAGUCGGUAAGGUGAAAAGGUUCAUGAGAACAAGAAUCUCUGAGUUGUUCUUAUAGCAUCAGUUGAACUGGGCUUUAGAAAAAGGUAGAUGCGGGACUACAUAGAACUGUUACUUACCCAUCCUGUCCACAGACCUGUCAUGCCUUUUAAGUGUUGCGUAUUUGCUGGAGCAGCAAACAGGAGCUAUCAUUCCUUCUCUUGGUAAAGCUCCCAGUGGGAUGUGGCAGGCAGGGUCACUCCCUGGAGUCAGGAGGAUGCAACAAACGAUGGGCAGAAGGUUAGCGAAAACUCAAUAACUCAGCCAGGACCAGUGCUUAGGGCUUCUGGGAAGACACCACACACACAAACAAUCCUGUGAGGGAACUGCUGCUCAGAGACUUCAGCUGGAUCUUAAGUUCCUGCAUUCGUUCCUUGAUGCCAAGCAACCAACUACUGGUUCCCUUCACUUACUUUUAAGGGAAGGGAGGAAGGCAUUGACCCUGGAAAACCUACAUGUUCUUGAACGUGCAUUUCUAGAACUAUCAGCACUGACUGGUAAGAACCAAGUCCCAACACCCAGUCCUACCUAUGACAGUUCUCCUGAUAUGAACGUCUGUGAUAUCCUGAACAGCUGUUGUACCUCCCUGUCAGCUUUAAGUAAUUCCCCCAUCUUCCAGUGUAGUUUCUUUGCUUCUGGGAUCAACACGACACAUUGUUAGUACUUCCCCACGCCAAUUUGAGCCAGUAGACUUGAAGGUCUUUUCAGAUGCCUAAGUCUUAGUAGGAACAUAAGCAGGACCUUUUCGUGUGCUGCUGUGGCCAAGCCCACAGGGCUCCUGUGCACUCUUCGAAGGUAGCAGUCAAGUUAUCCUAUGGAUUGCAUUCAAGUUGCCAGCACUGGGAAGUUUCAGUUGCCUCUGGAACAGGUACAGCAAUGUGGCACAUGGCACAGGAUUAAUAAUUUGCCUUUUUUGAGUAAACGCGAUGUUGCAGACUGAGCCAAAGGGGAGAAACUUAAAUACUGUUUAAGGGCUUAGUAUGUUCCCCUCCACCAGGCACUGCUAAAAGGCUGUGGGCUAAAGCUAUGAGCUAAGCAGGUGAUGCGAGGAGUGUGGAGUUCUCCAGUGAGACUGGCUGCUUAGGGCAGAACGAUCUGUUAAUUUUCUAGCCAUUGUCUGUGUUUAGAAGUGCUUUCUUGGAAGCCUUCACACUAGGAAAGAGGCAGUUUCUGUCAUUGCCCUCAGAAAGAUAAAUACCAUUUUUCUAGUGCUCAGCUGCUUGCAGAGAAAAUACUGCAGUGGUUGGGAGUGAACUGGAGGCAGUGGCUCAGCCUUUUAUGUGGGGCUCUGGAGCCUACACGGAAGCUGAAAGGAGACACAAAUGUGCGCAGUGAUGCCCAGGUUUUAUGGUGGAUACUGAAUGGUGGAGAUAAUGGAUUGAUAAAAGGAAGGGAUAUAUGACUUCUACAUGGAUCUUCUGUCAAACCACUGGACCAGAGUUCAAUUUUUGACUAAAUGGCAUAAAACUUGUAGAAAUUAAGUAAAAUGAAAAACUGUUGACCACAGCUGCUCUGGGGUGUUGCUUUUUAAGUGGUAUUUUACAUAUUUUUAUUUGAAAUACUUUACCAGCUGUACAACUCGUAAAUAAUUCCGUUUCCCAAAGUAGGUGAGGUACCUGCCAGCUCUGCUCACAGAGUGCACUCAAAGUGCUUAUUGAAAGGGGGAUAGUUUUGAGUGCUGCAUGGUUUUAAACUCUGCCAUUAGCAAAGCAUAAAUCAAAACACCAGUUUCUUUUCCUGGUAACCUGAAAUACUGCCUGAGGUGCAUGUUGUUCUUUUUUGAUCUCAUGUAAUACAGAAAGCAGCACAGGCACAUUGUCAGGGAAGGGUUUUUUGGUUCCUGUCUGCUUAGUAGCAUGGCAAAGAACCAGAGUUCUCACGGAAGAUCUGUUCAUGCGCUUGCAGUGGAACUGAGGACAAGUUGACUAUCAUGACUGAUAGUGUACUUGUGAUAAUUGCCUUACAGAGAAUCUGAUGAUGGGCUGUGGCAUCAGCUGAAGAUUGUAACUUCUGUGGUGGAAUGACUGCACAGCUUUUUUGGCUGCCCCAUCCCUGGAGGUGUUCAAGGCCAGGUUAGCUGAGGCUUUGAGCAACCUGAUCCAGUGGGAGGUGUCCCUGCCCAUGGCAAGGGGGUUGGAACUGGAUGGGCUUUGAGGUCCCUUCCAACCCAACCCAUUCCACGAUUCUGUGAUUGUUUGAUUGGGUACAUCUCAUCAGUGGGUGGUGCCUAGAAAUACACUUCAUAAAAAGGUGUACCGCAGCAGUUACUUUCUAGCUCUAGAGAAAAGGACAAAGUACUAGAGAGGACUGUUCUAUCUAUCUUAUUGCUUCUCCCUUCCAGAUGUAAAGAUGAGAUUUACCCUGCAUUUUUAGUAGGGCUUUUAAUUUUUUUCAGCAAUAGUGCUAACUUUUAAUCAGCAAAAUGUUUUGGAAAAAAAUCUGCCUCCCACGAUCAGAAAGCUCAGAAACUAAACCUGUCAAACACAUGCCUCUUCCAUUUGUGGUGUUCCCGGCGGCCAGCUAGCAGGUAGUCCUGCUAUAUAGUUUGGAAGAGAGCUCAGCAGCAGAGAGCAGGAAUGUCUGAUUGACUUUCUCACACCCAUGUGCCUCUGAACAGCAAAUCUGAUAGUGCAGGUUGAAGUUGUGGGUCAGUGUUCCUCAAAAUACUCAUCUUUCUUCCCUUAGCUUGGACAUUCCCUCAUCUCACUACUAGCUCUGCUGUAAAAAAUCUGUUAUCUGUGACACGCGUGUUCUCUGGAAUGCCACUUCACUAUCACUCGCCCUCUUUUUAUUAAAGGGAGGCAGUCCUUCACUUAAACAAAUGCAGACAGACUACAUUGGGCCUAGAACAGGUAGGUAAGCAAAUUUCUAAUAACUUCGAUGAUGUCGAUGCAGGUCGUACAAUUUUCUUGACUCAAGGUGUCCUCUAAUAAAUAUUAUCUCUUGCACAAAGAAGAACAUUUGGAAUAUUUUAAGCAGCCUGUAAAGAUAGAGAAUACAUACAGCAGCAUCUUCCUGAAGAUAUCUGAAAUAGUAAUAGUGGAUGACUACCCAGCAAAGGUAUUUCAUUUGUACAAGUAUGGAUGUACAAGUGGAAACCGAUGUCUUUUUGUGUCCCGGUUAUCGUCUUCUAAGUGGCAGGUAUGAGCGUAAGACUUGGUAAAGGAU